AUGGCUUCCCCUUACCCAGCCCAGGGGGCCACGACUGGCGACAGCGGCGGAGAGCUGAGCUCCGGGGACGAGUCUGGGGACGUGGGGGAUUCCCCUCCCGGGCCCGAGAGCGAGGCCCCCAAAAGCCUGGUGGAGCUCUUUGAGAAGGCGGCGGCUCACCUGCAGGGCCUCGUCCAGGUGGCUAGCAGGGAGCAGCUCCUCUACCUGUACGCCAGGUACAAGCAGGUCAAAGUUGGAAAUUGUAAUACACCUAAACCAAGCUUCUUUGAUUUUGAGGGGAAACAAAAAUGGGAAGCAUGGAAGGCUCUUGGAGAUUCAAGUCCUAGCCAAGCAAUGCAGGAAUAUAUUGCCUUGGUUAAAAAAUUGGAUCCAAAUUGGAAUCCUCAGAUGCCAGAGAAGAAAGGGAAAGAAGUAAAUGCUGGUUUUGGUGGACCAGUUGUUAGUUCUUUGUAUCAAGAAGAAACUAUCAGAGAAGAAGACAAAAACAUAUUUGAUUACUGCAGGGAAAACAACAUUGAACACAUAACCAAAGCCAUCAGAUCAAAAAAAGUAGAUGUGAACAUGAAGGAUGAAGAGGGCAGGGCUUUACUCCAUUGGGCAUGUGAUCGAGGACAUAAGGAGCUAGUAACAAUCCUUCUGCAAUAUACAGCUGACAUAAACUGUCAGGACAACGAAGGCCAGACAGCCCUACAUUAUGCCUCUGCCUGUGAGUUCUUAGACAUUGUGGAACUGCUGCUGAAGUGUGGAGCUGACCCCACCCUACGGGACCAGGAGGGCUGUCUGCCUGAGGAGGUGACAGGCUGUAAAGCCGUCUCUUUAGUACUCCAGCAACACACCGCUGGCAAAGCUUAACUCCAAAGCUGGGAAGUUGCAGCCUUUACUAGCCCAGGGCUUCAAUAAUGAAAGAAAACUACAAUAAUAACCCUUCUCUGCCACUCUUCUUUGGUAUGCAUUGGCUAAUGAGGAAUAGGACAUUCAGAGAUGUUGACUGGUGGUUCAAAACCUAAGCGAUUCAUCCUAUCUGCAUAUAUUUGGGAGAAUAGAUGAACUUAUGUGCUGUGCAUAAUGUGAUCUAGUUAUUUGGAGCAUGCUCUGAUAUUCAUAACUGCUCAAGAGUGCGGGGAAAGGAAGCAAAUCAUCCUUCACAACAUUAAAUGCAGCUGCUCUUUAAAAUAUAGAUAUAUAAGCAAAAUGGACCAUUUUACACAGAAAAUGAGGGCAUCUAUUCAUAAAAUACCUUGUUUGGUGAUAACCAAAUAGUAAUUGGCACUAACACAACUGGAGUAGACAUUCCAAGUGCUCCUCAUUUGACAGUCAAAAUUAGAAAGGAAAAAGAAGUUAGUGAUCAAAAGCAGUAAGGAAAAAGUUUGUUUGCAUUAAUGAGAGAUAUGAAAGUCAUGAGGAAAAUCAGCUGCAUUAUGAAAAACCCCAGACUCUGGAUGUUUUAGAAUAGGAUCCAGCAAACUCUGAAAGGAGGAGACAUUGACAGUGGGCAAAGCCCCAGUUAAGCCAGUACUUUUCUCCUAACCAACUUGGGGUGGGGGCUGAGGGGAAGAGAGGGAUUUCCUUAGUUUCCAGCCUUCUCCCUCCAGAUAGAAUGUUUGUAUCAGAAGGUUGUCAGCAUUAUGUUGAGUAAGAGUCUUCUAAGAUCUUUUAAGUCUUUUAGGCAUGUAGUGAUGCCUAGUUGCCACUAAGAUAACCUCUGUUGUUAUUAAAGCUGUUGUUAUUAAAGGAUGCCCUUUAAGCAUGGUGCCAGCGUCCAUGCUGUGCUCCAAGUUUACCCCUUUAUCCUGGCUCAGCCUAAUGCAGGAAAUUAAAUAUCAUACAGACCAAGUAUGCUCAUUAAGAUAGGAAGUUAGUUUGAGGAGUGUAGCAGACAUCAUCAUUAAAAUAGUAACAGGCCAGCAUCUCAGAACUUUGGUGGUGGUGAAGCUUUUCAUCAACUUGUACCUCCUCUAGGGAAUGCUUCCAUGACAGAAGUCAGGCAUGUUGACUAGUGCCUGUCCUGUUUGAUUAUUCUCAAGCUUACUUGAGGACUUAGAUCUUCUAGGAUAUUGACCAGCAUCUUUCACCAGUAUUCAGUUUCUAAUUGUUUAAAAAUCUGGCAUGCAUGUUAGAGCCUCCUGAGGUUUCUAUGGCAUUCUUAUAGAACUUUGCCCUUACCGUGGAGCUUCUUUCGCAGCAUUCAAGCUACAUUACAGCUCACUUUUGACUUUAUUCUGCUGUGUAUCCUUGUGUGUGUAAGAAUCCUCUUCUUGUUGCAGCCAAAAUGCAAAAAGUUGUUGCAUGCCCUUUUUAAAGUUAAUGUUACUUUUGUGCAUAUUAGUAACAGAACAAAUUCAGUAAAGUUUUUGUUCUGUACAGGCUAAAAAGUGCAGCUACUUGGGCCCAUUUACCUCUGUUCACCUGAUUCUGCAAACAUUUAUUAAGCACCUGCUCUGUGCAAAACAAAAUUCAUCUUUGUCAACAUUUGAAAGUUUGACCAUGAUAUAUAUUAGCCAAGCUUUCAGUUUUCUAUUCUCUCACAUAAAAAAAAAAAAAAUCAGUGGAACUUAAGUGAAAGAGCGUUUAUUUUUUGUUGGUUUUGCUUUGAAAUUUUUGUGUUCACCUCUACCACUUUAGGUCAUUCAUUGAAUCAGUUUAGAAAUAUCAAGUGCAUUUUAAAACCAGUUUCAAAAUAUUUAACUUCUUUCAUUGUUACUAUGAUUUGAAUUCAAGAAAAUGUUUACAAGAAGCAGUUAAUUAUGUAAAUUAUCUCUUGUAUCACAAGAGUUGUGUUAGCAUUAUCCAUUACAACAGUGAUAACCUGGUUUGUUUUCACUUCCCUUUAACUCUUCUUGAGUUGUAAUAAAAAUAAUUAUACUCCUACCUGGAGCAUUUUAGGUUAGUAUUCUUUGAGUUUUCUUGCUGAAAGUGAAGGAGCUUUUCCCACGCAAAGAGUAUAUUUUGAGGCAGAAACUCGGCUAUUUAUCUGAGUACCUUCUUAUGAGGAGUACAUGAUGAGCUAAUGAUUCCAUACUAUUUAAUUGGAUUUUCCAGUAGUUUAAGCUAGAGAGCACCAUACCUGAAGUCAGGAAACAUUGGUUCAGGUCCUGGUCUUGGUAUUUAUUCUCUUUCUGACUCAGAUCAAGUCUACCUCUCUAGACCUGUUUCCUGUAUAGAAUGAGGAGAUAAUUGUUCAUGUCCCUUUCAGCUCUAAAUCCUAUGAAUAAACUGGUUUGAGUGAGGAAAUGUUUUAGUGUGGGUUCAGCUGUGAAUACUGGAUAUGUUAAUAACAGUUCAAAUGAAUCCUAUUCAAAGAUAUAAUGGGAAAUAUUAUGGUUCUACUAUAAAAACCAACAAAUGUUUAAAAUCACUUUUCAGAUAACACUGUUAUUUGGGGGAAGGGAAGGAAUAGUUUGAGUUUUAUUGGCUCAGAUAUCUUUUUUCCACAUCUUUCUUGUUUGAUAUUUCUGAUGCAACAGAGUAUUGUAAAAUUUGUAUUACAAUCAGUAUCUGUGGGGUUAGAGCAAUCUUUGGGUUAGAAUGAAUCAUAUGUGAGUGUUAUAACUAAAAAAUUAUCAAACCCUAUUUAAGAUUCUCCUUUGCAUCCAUUAUCCCAUUGACCUUUAUCAUUUUUCACUUUUUACAUUCUCAGUUCAGUAUUCUACUUUAAAAUCUUGUCCUAUUAUCCUAGUACCAGUGUCCAUACAUAAAAACACAGCUGACCAUCAUUUUUCAUUUCCCAACAAAAGUACUAAUAUAACUUUAUUUCCCUUCUUACUGAAUUUUAUCAUCAAAAUUUCAUUGUUGGUUUGUUUAUUCUAAUACAUAGACAUAAUAAACCUUUACAAUCUACAUGCUAA